AUGCAAGGCAUGCAAGGACAACAACCAACCGCUCCCGCUCCUACUCCUCAGGUUGCAGCAGGGCCUGAUUUUCUUGCCUUCUUUCGGAUGGAUCCGCCAGAGUUCUUGGGUGGCUUAGAUCCCAUACUUGCUCAUGAUUGGUUAUAUGGUAAGGAGAUGAUAUUUGAGGCUAUCCAGUGUACUGAGGAAGAGAAGGUGGUUUUUGCUGCUCAGAAAUUGAAGGGGCCGGCACGUAGAUGGUGGAAUACGAAAUUUAUGUAUUUCACUAAUCAAGGAAUUCCCAAGGAUUGGAAACACUUUAAAACGGAUUUCUUGGAGAAGUACUAUCCCAAUAGUGUGCGUGCUUUGAAGGAUCGUGAAUUUCAAUCCUUCAAGGAAGGCAACAUGUCAGUGUCUGAGUAUGCUGAGAAAUUCGAAGACAUGGCUGCCUAUUCAAGACAAGCUGCUUAUGCACCAGAUGAGUUAUGGAAGAUUGAUUAG